AUGCUCUUGUUAGGUCAGCAGCAGCAGCAGCAGCAGCAGCAGCAGCAAGAGCAGCAGCAGCAGAUGGCUCAACCUUUUGUAUCCCAUUUACCUCUGAUUGAAGGACACGGCAACUUUGGAUCUGUUGAUGGUGACCCUGCAGCUGCCAUGAGAUAUACAGAAUGUAGAUUAUCCUCUUUCUGUCAAGAAGUAUUACUGAAGGAUUUGAAUACCGCCGCAUGCAAUUUUAAACCAAACUUUGAUGCAACAGAGGUAGAGCCUGAAUGUUUACCUGCUCGUCUUCCUCUAUUAUUAAUCCAAGGAACAACAGGAGUAGCUGUUGGUUUAUCUACGAAUCUUCCUCCGCAUAAUCUUAGCGAAGUUAUUUCUGCUUGUAUUGCACUCAUCGAGGAGGUAAUAGAGGAAUGGAUAAAAUGGCGAUAUAAGGCAAUGCAUGCACGAGCAGAAGAAGAGCAGCAGCAGCUGCAGCAGCAGCAGCAGCUGCUGCAUGCAACAAUAACAGCAGCAAAAUACCCUAAAGAAAUUGCUGAUUUGCUGCAGCGCAGCAAAGAUGCAGCAGAAGCAACAAGACUACUACAAGGUAUAUAA